AUGGCGAGAUUUUGGUUGACGACCAAGGUGCCCAACCUCUUCAUGGAGCUCCCUCUCGAAGUCGCCGUCAUGCGGAAGCGGCUCAACCUGCUGCUGCUUAUCAAUGGCGCGAUCGCGGUCUUGACGACCAUCGCGACGCUCUUUGAGCUCGCGCGCACGGGCGGCAUCACGUCGCUCUUGACGAGCGCCACGUACAUCCUGUACACGUUCUCGGCCAUCUUUAUGCUCAACAACAACCCAUCCGCCUUUACGAUUGGCAUGCUCAUCGGCUCGUCGGCGCUCGUGGUCAUCCUCGCGUUUGAGCACAUGCUCUACUGGACCAUUUCGUCGUGCCGCCAUGGCUACGCCGCCGACAUCUUCCUCGCGCUCUUCCAUUGCAUCUUCUUCUUCCUCUCGGCGCUCUUUUCCGUGACGGUCUUCAAGCACCGCCACGUCCUCAUCGACACGAGUGCAGUGUAUUAUGAUACCAUUCCCGAAGGCAUGACGCCCCGCUCGCCCGGCGCGCUCGACUUCGACGAGGAGGACGCGCGCGGCCGGCUCUCUUCGAACGCGUCGUCGUACGACUCGCACGGCUCGUUGCCAUCGCCGUCCGUGCCGACCGCCGACAUUUAAAUCCAUUUAAAAAAGCGACCGCAGCUUUGUUCAUGCCUCUUAUCAAUCGCGCUGCAAAAGCAUCUCCAUCGUACUAUGGACCCACGGACCGCGAAACG